GAUACCCUGGCAGGACUGAGGGACUUGGGUGGAUAAGGUCAUACAGGAAGCCUGUGGAAGAGAACGAGUGCUAAAUCCAGAGUAUUCAUCAAAGAAACCUUCUCUCCAGCACAUCCAGACAUUUGCUACUUAAUUGCUUGGGCAGAUGCCAAAGGAAACUUUAGACUGUGAAAGCUAUAUUGUUUUAAAUAACUGCUAAAAUCACCAGGGCUUAUCAACCCAGAGGCCCAUUUAAGCAGUUCCUCUUCCUCUUAAAGAUGUUGCUAUGAUUCCCACUUGCAGGUCAGUGAAGGAGAUGUGGAAUCAUCACCAUCAAAUACAGGCGUACCGCUCCGAGUUCAUCAGCCGGUGGAAGGAACUCCAUCUGGACGUUGUGCUGUGCCCUGUCCUGGGGCCUGCCUUCACUACGGGAUACCCCGGGAAACUCCUCACUGCCAUCUCCUCCACGAUGCUGUACAACAUCUUGAACUUCCCUGCUGGGGUUGUACCCGUCAGCACAGUGACAGAAGCGGAUGAGGAAGAGCUGAAGCUUUACCAAGGAUGCUGUGAUGACCCCUGGGACAGGAAGCUGAAACAGGUACAGAAAAUGGUGGAGCAGACUGACAAUGGACAUUCAAGUAAUAGUUUCACUCAAACAGCAGGGCUUAAACCACAGCCUCCCCACCUCUGGGAUGAGCUACGUGCCUAAACCAAGUUUCCAAAAGUUGCUGGAGGUCCGAGCCCCCCGGGUAACCCCUCACUGCUUGUGUACCCACUGCAGGCUGUGUC